AAACAGAGGCUAGCCUUCGAGUCAGGAGGACCGCUAACUGGAGCGGAAAGGCUCGAGUCGUUGUCUGGAUGUUGUUAUAAAAGAUUAAGGCAGUUAAUUAAAGUCAGGUGGUUAAACACGCAAAAUAAAAAGAAGCUAGCUCGUUAAUAGCCCAAUAACAAGACGCUUUUACGCUUCCGAAUGAGUCGGCCGUGAGCGUUGUUCAUGUUAACAGACAUGGGGAGGUAUUUCCACAGCGAGAUCGACAUCAAGAGUCCGUGGCAUCAGGUGCUAGCUGCCUUCUGGCAGCGGUAUCCAAACCCCUACAGCGCCCACGUCCUCACCGAGGAUGUCUUAUACCGCGAGGUCACCCCCAGCAACCGCUUGUUGUCACGGCGAUUGCUGACUAAAACAAACCGGCUACCGGGCUGGGCAGAACGCAUCUUCCCCACCCACAAGGCCCGGGCGGUCUAUGUCCUGGAGGACUCCAUCGUGGACCCAAAUACAAACACACUCAUCACCAAGACGUGGAACCUCAACCACAACACCCUGAUGACAGUGGUGGAACGGUGUCUAUUUCAGGAGGACCACAGUCGGCCAUCUUGGACCAAACUGAGGCGGGAAGCCUGGAUAUCCUCAACCGUCUACGGCCUCGCCCGGCCCAUACAGAAGUCUAACCCCAUCUGCUCCUCCACCAGGAGUUUGGCCUGGCCAGGUUUAAAAGUAACCAAGCUAAAGCCAUGCGGGGUCUGGAGUUCGCUCUGUCCAGGAUACAGAGUGAAGCUGCUCACCAUCAUCCUGGUGACCAAGGAGAACCAUCCGAAAAGCACAAGCCCCGCCCAUCACAAGGCACGCCCAAGUCCUCACAGAAACCCAAUCAGUUCGUCUGAUGGAGUGAGGGGGCGGGGCAUGAAGUGACCGUCAGCUGUGAUUGGUUGCUUCUCUAAGGUGGAGUUUCUCAGCAUCGAAUCAUUCUCAGGAAAUGGACUGAUUUAGGAUUUAUUGUCAUUUUGCGUUUGCUCAGCUUUAAUCCA